CCACAACCACCUGAUAUCUUAACAGGGUAUUUUCCUCAAGAAAAAAGUAAUUUCCAGCAGAUGGAAGCGCCGCUACCGCCAGUGGUGAGUCAGACUGUGAAGUGUUUGAAGUUUUCUACGUUUCCUUGGCUACCUCUGACCACAACCGAUAGACACGUGCUGUCCUCUAAUGAAAGCUCCCUGAGAAGCAGUAACCACACUUUAAUCUGGAACACCUGUGAACUAUUGAAGGACGUCAUCAUGCAAGAUUUUCCUGCUGAGAUUUUCCUCCAAAGGCCGAAAAUCGUUCAGAGCCUUUUCUCUCUGCUGAAACUGGCCUUCGGAGGAGAUGGGAAGCACCGCCUGGCCUUGCAGUCAGCGUCCUGCCUGCAGCAGCUGUGCACGUGUUUAAGAAACAGGCUCAACUUCCACCGAGACCCAGGAUUUUUCUCUAGUAAACAAGGGGCUGCUGCCACAGCCCAGACCUGUCCUUGCUUUUCUCACAGUGGGAGCAGCAGCCACGCGCCUGUGGACGCCAGGAUUCCCGUCCCUUCGCCCUUGGACAUGGCGCACGUAGACCUGCCGGAGCUGGAGGCCGAGGACACGCUGGAGCUGCAGUUCCAGCAGCUCAGCCUCCCGCAGUUCUGUGUCUGCGUUCUGGAAGCAGCAGCCCCUCUCCUCACAGGUAGUAGACAGAUGGUAAUACGAGUUCUGGAAUUGCUUGCAGAGGAUGUGAUACUUAUUGGUGAGGCAAUUUCAGUAGAUAUCUGGGAUGACAACAGCCUUUUUGCUAUAGAUAUGAAAGAGAAACUGCUCACGGUGUUAGGGUCUCUUGGAGAAGCCAUGUGCCACCAUAAAAGCAGCGUGGGCUUGGAACAUGCGGAGGCAGUGCUGGUUCACCACAGAACGGCCUUUGUCAGCAUCUCACUGUUGGCUGUUCGGCUGCUGCAGACACUUCUCCCGGUGGAAAAGGCAAGCCAUUUUCUACCAGAGCCUCUGUCAGCAGCGUUGUUUCUAGUUUCUUUGGACAUGCCUAUUUCUUUGGAGUAUCCAAAUAUUCACGAAGCUGUUGUGGCCUAUUUGGAACAGCUGAAUUCUGAAAACUACAGUAUUUAUAAACGAACUGCCGAGGCCGUUUAUUCAAUUGAAUGUACCUGUAAUUUCCUGUCUGAUGUUGGGAAGGAGGUAAAAAGUUCUAUGUUUUAUCUUCUCACCAGCUCAAAAUCUGCACAGGCGAGUCCAUUACUACAAGGAGAAAGUCAGAAGGUGUUUGUGCGGAUGUUGUCUCACCCAUUGCUACAAGUGAAAGUUGAAACUUACCACUGCUGUCUGGAAAUUGUUAAGGAAUGUUUAGGUGUCCAUAAUGUCAGUAAACCUGUGUCUUCACUUUGUAAUGGAAUACAUUUUCUACUUCACUCAAAAGUUCUGUAUGAAAUCUCUGCAUUUGGCAUUCAAGAGCCCAAAAAUGAGGUGAAUGCUGCUGCCAAGGCCAUCCUGCUGUACCUCCUGCAGGGACGGUUGAUGAUGACAGCGCAGACCUGGACCAAGUUCAUCGAGGCGCUCUGCCCUGUCAUUCCAGUGCUUCAGGGCUACGCUGACACAGAAGACCCUUUGGGUAAUUGCAUUCUCCUUCUAAGCAAAGCGAGUUCUGAGGGCGGCGAGGGCGUCCUCCCCUGGAACACCCGGUUGAAGUCCAUGCUGCGACUCCUGCUGGUGAAGAAGCCGUCGGUCCGUUCGCUGGCGUUGAAGCUUCUAGCAUGUCACCUCACAGGGGAGGAAGGGGCUGACAGAAAGCGCCCUUCCAUCGAUGCCAGAGUUCUCUCCCGAGUUAUUAAUUUAUUCAUUGUGAAAAAGCCUAUAGAACUCAAAUUGGAUGACAGAAGAGAACUGAUUAUUAAGUUGGAGACUGUUGAAAAGGUGUAUGAAAUCUUUAUCUCAGAUGACAUUGACCGUGUUUUGAGAAAGUCAGCUGCAGAACAGUUAGCUGUGAUUAUGCAAGAUAUUAAAAUGCAUGCUGUGGUGAAAAAGUUAUGCUUAAUUGACAAGAUAAUUGAGUAUUUAAAUGAAUGUGUGGGUCAGGAUGGUGAGGCUGCGGAGUGCCUGAUCCAGCCGAGCCUCACGCUCCUGAGGAAAGUCCUUUGUGCCGACCCGGACGCGCGUGCUUCCCUCUCACAGCAGCCUUCCCUCCUGACCCUGUUAUUCAGAGUUUCCUUGAUAUUUCAUGAGGAUUGUACUGUCGUGACUGAGGUCGGAGCAUUAUUUUGUCUUCUUUUAUUUGAUGAAGUAUCAAGGAUGGAUAUGUGGUAUCACCUGCCGGUGCAUGUUCUUGGCCACCAUGCUGUGAGUCCCUACGCCAUGGUUUUGCCGUUAUCUGCUGAUUGUUUGGCCUUGAAGCCGGUCUCAGAUAUGCUGAGAAUAGCUUGGAACCUGUCGUGGUAUCACGGGUGCGAUAACCUAUUGAAGCAAAUGAACUCCGAAACGAAGAUGCAAGAGUUUUCAGAUACGUUGACAUUAUCCUCAGAGGACGCCCUUACCCUGAAGGUGACAUACACAGCCAGUGGGCUGAAGGACUGUCUCCAUUCCAUUGUGCAGGCUGCAGCCCACAGGGAAGUGAGGGCUGCUGUCACGAGGAUGAGUUUUUAUUUUCUGAACGACAGAUUGUCUCUAAAGGGUGGCACUGGCCCGUGUGGCGCUACCUUGCAGUCCUUGGCUUGGCACACCGCACUGAACAGGUUUUUACAAGUGCUUCCCGCUUGCACUGAGGAUGAGAAACUGCUAAUAGAUAUCAUACAUUUUUUAAAUAAGUUAUUGAAAGAACAAAGAAAAAAUUCAUCCGUGGAACUUCUAACCUGGCUUCUAGAACUACUUCUUAGACAUAGUCCAAACCCACUGUUAGACCUGCUGGUUCUGACGGAGUCUCAGGCACGAGAGGAGGCAGAUGACAUCCGGACCGCUGUCAGGCAGCAGCUGCAGAAAGAACUGAUUGCGCUUUUCAACACCUUGCUGCUCAGUUUCACGGCGGUUACUGACAGGUACGCUUGUGACAGUGAAGACCUGCUGGUUCUGACGGAGUCUCAGGCACGAGAGGAGGCAGAUGACAUCCGGACCGCUGUCAGGCAGCAGCUGCAGAAAGAACUGAUUGCGCUUUUCAACACCUUGCUGCUCAGUUUCACGGCGGUUACUGACAGUGCUGAAGACAAGAGCAAAGUGAAUCCAAGGAUGGUAGCGUCUGUGCAUCUGGACCUAGAAUGUGUGAGGUUCACGUCCCUGGGAUUAGGAUCGGCGCUGACCACCCUUGAAUCUGGCUGUGCGGCCUUGGCGAACAGUUGUCAGAACAUUUCGGGCGGGCUCUGGGGAACUGUGGUGAACAUUCUCCUGGACCAGUGGGAAUGCAGCGUGGUGCGCCGGGAGGUCAUUACUUCUUUUUAUGUGGAACGUGGAGGAAAUGCUAUGUCCUUCAUGGGAAAAGGUGUCACCAAGAGCACAAUUCUUUGCCUGCUUCACUUAUCCCAUGAGAUGAUGGCCCAGGACCAGAGCUCGGAGUGGAUGUCACUUUGGUUCUUGCCUUUGGGUAGCCACAGUGAAGACCACGCUCCUACUCAGCAAGGGUUGGCUUGGCUGAUUCCAUUAUGGGUGGAUCGAGACCCAGAGGCUGCAUUUAUUCUUCAGAAUCUCCUUGUGAUUCCAAUGCCUUCAGUAAUUAUAAAGGAUUAUACUUGGCAGGGCCCCUGUGUGCAUGACGAGGACUCCGGCCUGGCGCUUGUAGGGAAACCCGCCCUGCAGGCUCUUUUGUAUCACUGCCGGUUUUAUGAACAGUUGAGUCAGAUGGUAAACCACUGUUACCUGGGACGGUAUACGUUUGACUUGCAUUGUGCUGCUCUUGAUGGAACUUCAGAAGGCAGUGAUUUAAAUGGUUUAGAUGACUCCUUCAAGUUUUGGAGAGCUCCGUCUAGGAUGUCCAAUCAAGAUCCAGGUCCAAGUUCUCUCUCCACCUCGGAGACAAUGGUGACGCCUUCAUCCGGGAGUGCUGACUUUUCACCCCUGGUGCCCUCAACAGCGCCUCUCCCUGAAGUCUCACAUGACCAGUUUGCGGCUCAAGGUCAGCACGAGACCGCCUGCCCACGGCUUGCUCACGACCCGUGCCUGGCUGCCCCUGUGCCCAGACAGUGUGUCCUGGUCACCCCGCCUCUCCUUUCUGCCGUGUGCAGCCUCCUCGACAGCCUCUUGGUGGUCGCUCCAAAGGACACGGCAAAUGCGGUCCGACACGCUCGGCUGGUGGAGCGCCUCUGCAGCGUUGCUGAUGCCACCCUCAUAGAGACCCGCGUCCAGGAGCUCCGGGCCCCACUGCCUUCGUCACCGCCCGCUGAACACACCCAGGCUCAGGUGUCCUUCCUCCUUGAGUACCUGUCCUCCUUGUUUAGGCUUCUGCAGUCAUGUUUACUGGUCGAUCCUGACCUUGUGCUGCAGGAUGAGCUUCUGAAACUGCUCACCACAAACAUCAUUGGCACCCUCACCACAUGCGCCAAAGAUCUAUUAGAUGUAGAGUUAAUAUCGGCAUUUUAUCAGACAUGGACACACUUAUUUAACCUGCUGGCCACACUCCUGAGGAAAGCUGCCUCUGCCUCGCUCCCAUCCGUGACGACGGGGCUGGCCGAGCACUGGGUGGCGGUGACCGACAUGCUCUGCACAUGUGUGGGGCUGGCUGCCACGUGCCCCACCCUGUGCACUGCCAGCCUGCAGUUCCUCUCUGUCCUCUUGGCUGAAGAAGCAAAAAGGUGUCUUCGGGAAAAGGAUAAAACAAAUUCAUGCCGCAGUCCAACAAUCGCUUCACUUCUGGAUAAAUCUCAGGAAAAUCAGAAAUCUCUAGAAAAAUUGAAUGGAAUAAUUAUUCAGAGCUAUGAAGGGAGGCCCUGCGGAGAGAUUCUGAAGAGAGCCGCUGCGAACGCGCUGAUGUCGCUCCUGGCUGUCAGCAGAAGAGCCCAGAGGCUGGCUUUGGAAGCGGACCUGAUAGACAGCUGCAUGGAGCGGAUGAAGCACGUGACCGCACAGCUGAGCCUGGACUCUCUGAGGCCUGGGAAGGCCGUGCUCAGGAGGAAGGUAACCGGACUGCAGUGCAGGGAUGGGGAAAGGCCACUCCCAGGCCGCCUCUCCCAUGUCUGUGGCUUGUGCACGACCGAUACUGGCUGGACGCCCGCUGUUAUUUUUCAAGGUUGCAGUUCUCUCUGCUGGUCAAGUUCCGGACAGCACCCUGUGCAAGCUGCAGGCAGAGGCGCCCCCGGCAGCUCCCUGAUGCUGUGUGUCCUGAGGCUGGCCUCCCAGGCGCCUCUCGAGAGCACCGCCGUACAGCAGGUGGUCUUUCUGUGCCUCGCAAACCUGGCCUUGUGUCACGACUGCAAAGGAGUAAUCCAAAAGAGCAACUUCUUACAGAACUUUCUGUCCCUGACGUUGCCGAAAGGCGGGAACAGACACCUCGGCAACCUGACCGUCCUGUGGCUGAAGCUCCUCCUGAAUCUGUCCCUCGGAGAAGACGGGCAGCAGAUGCUCCUGAGGCUCGACGGCUGCUUGGACUUCCUGACGGAGCUGAGCAAGUUCAAGCACAAGCGCAGCCCGCACCUGCCUCUCCUCAUCUUUCAUAACAUUUGCUUCAGCCCUGCCCAUAAGCCCAAGAUCCUGGCUAACGAAAAAGUUGUUAAUGUGCUAGCCGCCUGUCUGGAAAGCGGGAAUCAAGAUGCUCAGAGGAUUGGCGCCUCCGCGCUUUGGGCGCUCGUUCACAAUUAUCAAAAGGCAAAAACGACUUUGAAAAACCCAUCAAUAAAAAGGAGAGUGGAUGAAGCAUAUUCCUUAGCAAAGAAAACCUUUUCAAACUCAGAAGAAAACCCUCUGAAUGCCUAUUAUUUGAAAUGCCUUGAAAACCUCGCACAGCAGCUGAACUCUUCCUGAGGACCGGGGCUGCCCCACGGACAGGUGAGCUGUCUUGAAGCGAGCGAUGUGCUCAGCUGCUGCCUGAAGACAGAGCCUCUGCAAGGCGGCAAGGCGUCUCCUUCCAGACGAGAAGCCCUGGUGAUGCCUAGCUCCGCCCCUUCGUUUCACACCAGCUCCCUCUAAGCCAGAGCAGCUGGCAAGAAGAUGAUGCAAAAAUGCAUAGAAAGUUCUGGGAGCAUAAACAUUUUUACCUUUUUCUAUGCACCUUGCUUUGUAAAAAUCCUAUUUAACAGUUAUUUAAUAAAAUA